AUGGUGCGCAACGGCGACACCGACCUCGAUGAGGAGCGCGUCGUGGAGAAGUUUCUCCGGUGCAUGCCCAAGAGGUACGAGCAGCUUGUCUUCUCAAUUGAGACACUCCUCGACCUCGAGAGCCUCUCCAUCGACGACGUCGCCGGGCGAUUCAAGCUUGACGAGCCGCAGGCCCAGGUCGUCCUCAACACCGCCGUCGACGACGAGGCGAUCGACGGCUGGUACCUCGACAGUGGCGCGACUCACCACAUGACCAGGCGCCGCGAUCUCUCCACUGAUCUCGACAACAACGUGUGCGGGUCGGUGUGGUUCGGCGACGCGUCGAAGGUGGACAAUCAAGGCAUCGGCUCCAUCGUGUUCGAGGGCAAAAACGGCGAGCACUGGGAGCUGCACGGCGUCUUCUAUAUCCCGGCGCUCAGAAACUCCAUCAUGAGCCUGGGAUGGCUGGACGAGGGAGGAUCGGAGGUGAGGAUCAAAGAUGGCAUCUUGAGGAUUUGGGAUCGGCGCAGAUGA